GGCGCGGCCCCCCGUCGCGCGCGCCUGUGCGCGCGCGCGCCCCCCGCUGGCGACUCGAACAGGGCGCCGGCCGCGAGUGCCACGAUGUGCGGCGCGGUCCAAUCGCCCGCCGCCUGAGGGCCCGCGAGCGCGCCGAGCCGGCUGGGCUGGGCCAGGGGCGGGUGCCGCGUCGGCGGCCAGAGCGGAGGAGAGGAUGGGCAACCAGGCCCUGUGCCCCACCAGCGUCGCGGACGAGGACGACUCCUUCGACGCCAGGUACGAGGUCGACGAGAGCUCCGUCAUAGGCACGGGCAGGUUCGCGGUCGUGCGCCUCUGCUGGCUCCGCGACGAGCCCGAGGCGUGCUUCGCCCUGAAGGUGAUAUCCCAGUGCGAGGCCCCGGCCGACCUGGCCCGCGUCCACGAGGAGAUCAAAACCUUGAACGUCAUCGGGAUGCACCCUGGUAUCACGAGCCUCGUGGAUAUCGACAAGAGCCUUCCGGGAACCAUCCGUCUGGUCAUGGAGCUCUGCGAGGGUGGCGAGCUCUACGACAGGAUCGAGUCAAAGGGUUGCUACUCUGAGCUCGAUGCCAAGGCGUGCAGCAGCAACCUGCUGAAGGCGGUGGCGUACAUCCACGGCAAGGGGAUCAUGCACCGGGACCUGAAGCCGGAGAACAUCCUCCUUGUCAGCAGCGCCAGCGACACAGAUGUCAAGAUCUCUGACUUCGGCCUCGCCAAGGUGGCGCAGGGCUUUCCCAACGAGCUGCCCCGCUCCCAGUCCAUCUGCGGCUCCGACUUCUACCUCGCCCCCGAGAUCAUCCGGCAGGAGCAGUACGGGCGCGAGGUGGACGCGUGGGCGCUGGGCGUGAUCGUCUACGUUCUGCUCAGCGGCGUGCUGCCCUUCUUCCACGCCGAGCUGCACAAGAUGUACCGGCAGAUCGUGGAGCGCGACAUCUCGUUCCCAGACAAGCCGUGGAAGAGCGUGUCGAAGACGGCCAUGGACUUCAUCCUCAGCUUGUGCUGCAUCAAGCCCAGCGACCGCCUGACGGCGCAGCGCGGCCUGAGCCACCCGUGGUUGACCGGAGGCAACCGCGCGGUGAAGGGCGGCAGCUCGGCCACGGCCGUGGUCGCCUUCCCGCCGAACGCCAGCUUCGGCAGCUUUGCGUCGCUGGUGUCCCCGCCAGGUCCUGCGCAAGCACAAGCCGCUCUACACGCUGCGCAGUGGGUCCCCGGCGCCCUGCCGUCGCGCGGCAGCUCCGUCCAGCCCAUGGCGGUGAGCAGGGACCCCACCGCCGGCCUCGCGUCGCCCGCCGCCCUGCACGUGGGACCCCCUCAGAGGGGCAGCUACUACGUCCUGCUGAGCUAGCCGACGCCCGAGACCGCCGCUCGCGGCCCGGCUGCGCGGCCAGCCCACACGUUCUCUCAAGAUGCUGGAGGUCUGGGCUCGCACGCCCGUGCCUGGGCCGUGUCCCGCUCUUCCGCGGAGCCCUGCAGAGGCGCCCCCUGUGUCGGCGCGCCCCGCGCACCCCCUUCGGCAGCGCGCCGUGGCGGGGUGCAGCUGCACGACGAAUUCGACCGCGGCGGCGGGGGUCGGGCGCCGCGCCGUGCCCUCGCGGACCUCCGCCGACCAGGCCGAGAGGCACGGAGAGAGGCAGAGAGAGCG